GGGAGACGGCGCAAAGGAACUCAGUCCCGCAACCCAGCAUGGCUUCAGGGGACCUUUACGAGGUAGAGAGGAUUGUAGACAAAAGGAAGAACAAGAAGGGCAAAUGGGAGUAUCUCAUCAGGUGGAAAGGCUAUGGAAGCAAUGAAGACACCUGGGAACCUGAACAUCAUCUACUACAUUGUGAGGAAUUUAUCGAUGAGUUCAAUGGACUACAUGUUACUAGAGAAAAGCGAUCAAGAUAUGGAAAACAGGGCAGCACUCAAAAAUUUUUACGGGAAAGCCGAGGGUCAUCUCUUGAGAAAAUAUCACAUAGACCUUCUGAAACUGGGAAGUCUAAAGGGUCAACACACAAAAGAAAGAGAAUUAAUCCAUCUCUUCAAAAACAGAAAAGAGGAUACACAGCAAAGCCAGCAUCUGCUAAUGACAGAGCUGCUAAAACUGUGACUUACCGAACUACUCCCAGUGGUUUACAAAUUAUGCCACUGAAAAAGCCACAUAAUGGUCUGCAGAAUGGAGAUGGCAGUCAUGAAAAGGAUUCUAGACAUUUUGGGAAUGGCUCACAACAGCAAAACAUGGAUUUAAAUGAUCAUGAAGGAGAACAAAAUUUGCCCAGCUUGUUGGAAGUUAAUAACGAUUCACCUGUUGCGAAUGGAAUUGGUUCUUCUCUGGCCAAUAGAAGCUUGAAUCUACACAGCACUGUGAAAAGGAAACUAGACGGGGAGAAAGAUUAUGUCUUCGAUAAGAGACUAAGAUACAGCGUGCGUCAAAAUGAAAGUAACUGCCGGUUCAGGGACAUUGUAGUCCGGAAAGAAGAUGGUUUCACACAUAUUUUGCUGUCGAGUCAGACUUCAGAUAACAAUGCACUGACCCCAGAGAUCAUGAAGGAAGUUCGGAGAGCAUUGUGCAAUGCAUCAGCUGAUGACAGUAAACUCUUACUUCUCAGUGCAGUGGGAAGUGUGUUCUGUAGUGGCCUAGAUUACUCAUAUUUAAUUGGCAGGUUAUCCAAUGACAGAAGAAAGGAAAGCACUAGGAUUGCAGAAGCUAUAAGGGAUUUUGUAAAAGCUUUUAUUCAGUUUAAGAAGCCCAUUGUGGUUGCUAUCAAUGGCCCUGCUCUUGGGUUAGGAGCUUCUAUUUUACCACUAUGUGAUAUCGUUUGGGCAAGUGAGAAGGCAUGGUUUCAGACACCAUAUGCAACAAUCCGACUCACUCCAGCUGGUUGCUCAUCAUAUACAUUCCCACAAAUUCUGGGGGUUGCACUGGCCAAUGAAAUGUUGUUCUGUGGGAGAAAGCUGACAGCACAGGAAGCCUGCAGCAGAGGACUAGUGUCCCAAGUAUUUUGGCCAACAACAUUUAGUCAAGAAGUGAUGCUACGAGUGAAAGAAAUGGCAUCCUGCAGUGCAGUGGUACUGGAAGAGUCCAAAUGUCUCAUGCGGAGCUUCCUGAAAUCUGGACUUGAAGAUGUGAAUGAGAAAGAGUGUCAGAUGUUAAAACAGCUGUGGAGUUCUUCCAAAGGACUGGAUUCAUUAUUCAGCUACUUGCAAGACAGAAUAUAUGAAGUCUGA